UGAUAUCUCAUGGUGUAAAGGCUAUAAAAUAAAAACAGAUCCUUUCACCUUCUGCAAAUCAAACACUCUUCAAUGGCUUCCACCAUUACCAAAGCCUUGAUCACCCUCUGUUUCACUUUGUCUUUCUCUUCGACUUUAGCUGUAAACUCAUCUUCAACAACUUCUUUAAACUCCAAUCUCUCUUCCAUACGAAAUUUCUGUCGAUCGAAGCCUUACCCCGAUGCUUGUUUCGAUUCAUUGAAGCUUUCCGUUUCAAUAAACAUCAGUCCCAACAUACUCAACUACCUUCUUCAAACACUCGACACCGCACUAUCCGAAGCAGGAAAGCUCACAAAUCUUCUCUCCAAUGGCGGAGGAAACAACGUCAUCGAAAAACAAAAAGGGACGAUGCAAGAUUGCAAUGAACUCCAUGGUAUCACAGUAUCUUCCUUGAAAAAAUCAGUGUCGAGAAUCAAAUCGGGUGACUCGAAGCAGCUGACCGAUGCAAGAUCUUAUCUAAGUGCAAGUCUUACGAACACCAACACAUGCUUAGAAGGAUUGGAUUCGGCCUCUGGGUCUUUCAAACCUGUGUUGGUGAAAUCUUUGGGGAAUAUUUACAAACACGUGAGCAACUCUCUUUCAAUGGUUCCCAAAACAGGUAAAAAGGGCCGUAAAAAUCGUCGAUUGUUGGGGUUUCCGAGCUGGUUGAAACCGAAAGCUCGACGGAUUUUGCAGGGCGACGACGAAGAGUACGAUCCGGGUGAAGUGAUCACUGUGGCGGCUGAUGGAACAGGGAAUUUCAGUACCAUAAACGAUGCUAUAAACUUUGCUCCAAACAAUAGCGAUUUCAGAGUGAUAAUCUAUGUUAGAGAAGGGGUUUAUGAAGAGAAUGUGCAAGUCCCAAGCUAUAAAACUAACAUAGUUCUCCUUGGAGAUGGAAAUGAUGCCACUUUCAUUACCGGUAAUCGAAGUGUGGUUGAUGGCUGGACCACUUUCAGAUCAGCAACUGUUGCUGUGUCUGGUGAAGGCUUUUUAGCUCGGGACAUAACAAUCGAGAACGCCGCCGGUCCGGCGAAGCACCAAGCGGUUGCAUUGCGAAUUAAUGCAGAUUUCGCCGCAUUAUACAAAUGCUCGAUCAAUGGCUACCAAGACACAUUAUACGCUCACUCUUUCCGACAAUUUUACCGCGAAUGCGACAUUUCAGGCACUAUAGAUUACAUAUUCGGCAAUGCAGCGGUCAUUUUCCAAGCAUGUAACAUAAUCUCUCGAAUGCCGAUGCCCGGCCAGUUCACGGUGAUCACGGCGCAAUCUCGGGAAACCCCGGAUGAAAACACCGGGAUUUCGAUUCAGAAUUGUUCGAUUCUUGCCGCCGACGAACUGUACGCGAACUCCAGCACCGUCGAAAGCUACCUAGGAAGGCCGUGGAGGAUAUAUUCGACAACGGUUUACAUUGAAUCCUACAUUGAUGAUUUCAUAAGUCCUAGUGGAUGGACUCAGUGGUCUAACGACGAAGGGUUGGACACCCUUUAUUACGGAGAGUAUAGUAAUUACGGUCCAGGUUCGGGGACGGAUAACCGGGUCAAUUGGCCCGGUUACCACGUUAUGAAAUACGACGAUGCAUAUAAUUUUACUGUGUCGGAGUUUAUAGUCGGUGAAGCUUGGUUGGAUUCUACUGAUUUCCCAUAUGACGAUGGAAUUUGAUAAAAAUUAAUAUAAAUUAUCACUUUGGUCCUCUAUAGUUUGAUUUCUA